UACGCACUAAAAUCUCUCUUUCACACACACACACUCUCUCUCUUCACUUUCUCAUCUUCAUCUACAAAAACAAAAACAGUCCGUUUCGAUUGUUCGAACGUAGAAAAAUAGAGAUAUAGAGAGAGCUUUUGAGAUUUAUCAUUUCCUAGGUUUUAGAGGGAGAGACAAGUACGGAUGCCCAGAGAGGGGAUGUCGACUAACUUCAGCCCUUCCCGAAGCCCGGGAAGUGCGAGAUUGCAAUUCGGUGGGGCUUCUCAGAGGUUGAGAUCUUUGUCUUUAAAGAAACCACCUGAGCCGCUUAGACGUGCCGUCGCUGAUUGUUUGUCGUCUUCGUCUUCUUCUCACCAUGGAAACCUUUCUACAGUCGCGUCAGAGGCUUCAAGAACGCUUCGGGAUUAUCUAGCAGCCCCUUCAACAACUGACCUGGCUUAUAGUGUGAUAUUGGACCAUGCACUUGCUGAGAGGGAUCGCAGCCCAGCAGUAGUUGCAAAGUGUGUGGCACUUCUGAAGCGUUAUCUUCUAAGAUAUGUACCUAGUGAGCAAACUCUACAACAAAUUGAUCUGUUUUGCAUAAAUUCAAUCUCUGAAUGUGAUUCUAGCACAAACAGACAAGUAUCGCCAUGGUCAAAAUCUCUAGCCCAACAUUCUGGGGCAUCAACUACUGGAAAUACCUUUUCUCCUGUGCCAGCAUCUAGUUUUGCAUCUGGUUCUCUGGUGAAGUCAUUGAAUUAUAUUCGCUCUCUUGUGGCUCGUCAUAUCCCAAAAAGGUCAUUCCAGCCAGCAACUUUUGCUGGGGGAUCCACUGUAUCAAAACAGUCCCUUCCAACAUUGUCAUCUUUGUUGAGUAGAUCAUUUAAUUCUCAAUUAAGUCCAGUGACGGUUGGUAGCAGGGAAUCUCCUGAGAGGAAAGAGGCUUCCAAUCUAUAUAUCUCAAAUUUAUCAAAUGUUGAAAGUGGUGAUGGGAGGGAAGAUAUUGAUUAUAUUGCUAUUGAUGUCCUUAAAUGGCGGUGGCCUGUGGAACAACAAUUAUCAGUGGUCAUGACAGAAAGUGAUGAUGCAGCAAGACCCCAAGACAUCAGUGCGCAUAGUUUCCUAGAAGUGGGUGCUGCAGCUCUGCUUGUUGGAGACAUGGAGGCUAAGAUGAAGGGCCACCCUUGGAAACAUUCUGCAACUGAAGAUACACCUUAUCUUGAUCAACUUUUGCAACCUUCAACUGUUACGACUGCAACUAAUUUUGAUUCUGCUUCCUCUCACUUGAGAGCAGUAACUGCAUCUAAACGCUCGAAACCAGGCCCUCAUCAAAUUUGGGAUGAUUCACCAGUUGCUACAUUCCGUCCACGUGCUCGGCCACUUUUCCAAUACCGCCACUACAGUGAACAGCAGCCUUUGCGGUUGAAUGCUGCUGAAGUAUAUGAGGUUAUAGCUGCGGUUUGCUCGGAGACAUCUUCACCAAAUGCAAACCUUAUGACAGUUUCAUCUAAUUUAAGUAACAAUAGUGGAAAACCCUCUAUGGAUGUUGCAGUCAGUGUCCUUAUCAAACUUGUUAUUGACAUGUAUGUAUUGGAUUCUCAGGCUGCUGCUCCUCUCACUCUUUCUAUGCUACAGGAAAUGCUUAGUUCUCCAAGGUUGACCUCUAGGGUCCGUGCAUUCGAUUUAGUUCUGAACCUUGGAGUUCAUGCUCAUUUACUGGAGCCUAUGCUUCCUGAUGAUCCUCCCACAAUUGAUGAAGAGUGUUCUCAAGCAAUGUAUUUGAACAAUGAAGAGAAAUUUGCAACACAAGUCAAGAGAAUGGAUUCUUCCAAGCAAAAUGGAAACUCCUCUGCCAUUGAUAGUUUCGAGUCUUGGCUUUUGAAGAUUUUGUAUGAGAUUCUUCUUCUACUUGUUCAGAUAGAAGAAAAGGAAGAGACUGUCUGGGCAUCUGCUCUUAGUUGUUUGCUUUACUUUGUAUGUGAUAGAGGCAAAAUUUGGAGGAACAGAUUGGAAGGUCUUGAUAUAAGGGUUGUUAAGAUGCUUUUGGAGAUUAGCAGAGAGCACUCUUGGGCAGAAGUAGUUCAUUGCAAACUUAUUUGCAUGUUAACAAACAUGUUCUAUCAAAUUCCUGAUGGCUCUGCAAAAUCUAUUUCAAAUCCUCCUAUAUUUCUUGUUGAACAGGUUGAUCUACUUGGAGGAAUUGAGUUUAUUUGCCUUGAGUAUUCCCGGGCAAAUUCAAGAGAAGAAAAGAGAAAUCUAUUUCUUGUUCUGGUUGACUAUGUUCUAUACCAAAUAAAUGAGGCGUGCUUAUCUUCUGGAGUUUCUGAGUACUCCUUUGAUGAGAUUCAACCCCUUGCUACAAUGCUCACUCUUGCAGAUGCACCUGAAGCCUUUUAUAUUGCUGUUAAACAUGGGGUAGAAGGAAUUGGAGAGAUAUUGAGAAGAUCAGUUGUUGCAGCUUUGUCUAGAUAUCCGAACAAUGAACGACUAAAUAUGCUCUUGGAGAAGAUUACAAGCAAAUUGGAUACUAUUAUAAGUUCAUUUUCCCGUUUAGAUGAAGAAUUCUCACAUAUGGUGCGGAUAACAAAAUCUUACAAAUCUUUGGAAAGUAUGGGCAAUGGAGUUUUAGAAAGUGAUGUUACCAUGAAAAUUAAACUCUCAUGGGCAACGCUACAUUCUCUUCUUCACUCGGAAAGAUCUACUUAUCGACAGAAUGGAUAUAUUUGGUUAGUCGAAUUGCUUCUUGCAGAAAUUAGUGAGGAAAGGAAUACAAGCAUAUGGUCAAAUAUCAAGAAUUUGCAACAACAAAUUGGGCUUGCCGGUAGUCACGAUUCUUCAGUUGGUUCUGAAGUUCCUUUAUCAACGUGGGUUAUGUGUAGACUUCUGAAAUCAAAGCACAACUUCAUCAGAUGGGGCUUCCUUUUUGUCCUUGAAAAGCUUCUUAUGCGGUGCAAACUUUUGUUAGAUGAGAAAGAGCUUCAACAUUCAGGCAGUGGUGAAAUUCUGAGGUUUGAUCAGAGUGACAGUCGUCUGGAAAAAGCAAACGCAGUGAUAGAUAUAAUGAGCAGUGGUUUGUCCUUGGUAGCUCAAAUGAAUGAAACAGAUCGAAUCAAUAUUCUGAAGAUGUGUGACAUGCUAUUUUCCCAAUUAUGCCUGAGACUUCUCCCUGCAACUGCAAUACCUCUCGGGGAUCUCUCACAACUUAGUAAAGAUUUUGGACAUUCAGAUGAAAAUGGGAAGCGGGAUACAGAUCCACAUGUCCUUCACCCUGAAAAGAAUCGCUUGAGAGAGGAGUUUCCAGAAGUUCAUAGCAGAACCGGCCUCAAUGACAGUUGUCCUAUAAGUUAUGAUACUGCAUCUAUGGCAGCACUGCUUCUGCGAGGGCAGGCUAUUGUUCCUAUGCAACUAGUAGCUCGUGUUCCUACGGCAUUGUUCUACUGGCCGCUGAUUCAACUUGCUGGUGCAGCCACAGAUGAUAUUGCCCUUGGUAUUGCAGUUGGUAGCAAAGGAAGAGGAAAUGUGCCUGGUGCCACAUCAGACAUCAGGGCAGCCCUUCUCUUACUCCUGAUUGGGAAAUGCACUGCAGAUCCUGCUGCUUUUCAAGAAGUUGGAGGGGAGCAGUUCUUCAGGGAACUUUUAGAUGACACAGAUUCAAGAGUGGCAUAUUAUUCUUCAGCCUUUCUUUUGAAGAGAAUGAUGACAGAAGAACCUGAAAACUACCAGCGUAUGCUUCAGAGUCUUGUUCUUAAAGCACAGCAGAGCAACAAUGAAAAGCUGCUGGAAAAUCCGUACCUCCAGAUGCGUGGCAUACUUCAGUUGUCAAAUGACCUUGGAACUGGAUUAUAAAUCUGAUGGAACAGGUUAUGUUGAAAUAGGAUCUGUUUGACUGGGAAAGAAACAGAAAAAUACCUGCAUUACAAAGUUACUUGACAUGACAUGCAAAUGUGAUGCCUAUGAUGUUUCAGACCUCAGUAUCCCAAUGGAAAAGGCAUGCAGAAGGGUGGCUCUAUAGAAUGGUUUGGAAUCUGAUGCAUCAUGCAAGGAUUCAUAUUUGAAGUUUGGGAUGCUGGUUCUAAUUCUUUUGGCAGUAUUUACUGUCAUUUCGAUUCUGUAAUCAGCCUCUGAUACCUGUGGAUUGUGAGCCAGAUUUUGUCAUAUCUAUCAAAAGUCCCUUAAAAAUUGUACAUGGGCAUAACUGAUCAUGUGGGCUUAUGUCUAUGGAAUCCAUGGGAGCAGUAAAAUUUAAGGUUUAAGGUAGAGUCUUAUCAGUAGAAAUGUGACUACCAAAGCACAAGAUGUACAGGAAACCCCUCGGAGUAACUUGUUCAUUGAUUGGUUUAAUAUUUAUUCUGCGGCCAAAUGUGGUCUGUGGUUGGGGCGUUGAGCUUUUUUUUCUACAGAGACCGAGGUUAAUGCAGAGUUUUUGAAGGCAUCCUCGGGUAAUAAAAUCUCUUGAGCAUGAAGCAUGUUGAUUUGCAGCUCUCACCUUGGAAGCAGGGAGAAGAGAGUAUAGAUCUUGUAUUUUUACUAGAUAAGAGGGUGCCAACAGUUGAUCACCACAAGGGUAUCCGAGUCCAUUGCCAGGGGAAUCAACGAGGUGUACUCUUUUUUUUCCCUUCUAUUUUUGUCCUUUGUUUGGUAUUUCCUUCGACGGUGUAAAUGUGUGAUUUUUGUGUUUAGUUCUUCUGUUUCCUCUUCUCAUAACCAAACUUUCUUCUUUCUUUAUUCUAAUGAAAUUGCGGUCGUUGUAAAAUAGCUGUUGAGAAAUUUGCAUCACGAUAAUGGUAAUUACAAGUGCUUGAUUUUUCAAAUAAA